AUGCUCCAUGGGGACGCGGACGCAUUGGGCAGGGAGGACGCGGGGAUCAGCGGAGUCGCCGAGGCCGAGCGCAGCCAGCCAGCCGCCGCGCUCUACGAGAGCGGCGAGCUGCCCGAGGCCGCCACGCCGGCGGGCGACAACGCCGCCGACGCUGGCGAGACGCGGGGCCAAGAGCAGCCGGGCGCCGCCGCCGAGGCCGCUGACGCCAGCGCGGCGAGCCGCGACGAACUGGCUGACACUGCCGCGGCGGAGGCGGCCGGCGACGUAGACGUUGGCGCGAGCUGCAGCCACGAGCCGCCCGAUGAUCUUGCCGCGGCUGUUGCGGCCGGCGACGUAGACGCUGGCGCGACGUGCCGUGACGAGUUGGCUGAGGCCGCCGCGGCGGCGGCCGCCGCCGCGGCCGCCGUGGCAGCGCUGGCGGCCAGCAUCAAGGCCAGCGAUCUCCAGGGAAGCGCCGAGCUUGCCACUGAGAAUCCUGACGCGCAUGGGGCGCACGACGGCGCCGCCGAGCCGCCGCCGGUGGAGCGCACGGCUGCCGCGGCUGCCGCCGCGUUGUCGGCCGCGCCGCUGGCAACGACAGCCCCAGAGGCCUAG